AUGCAUGGGCCGUACCAUGGACCGUCAUCGACGCCACAGUACGUUUCGCCAACAGCGACAGUGCAUGGGGGGGUUGACGACCCGUCGCACCCGAUGCAGCCAAUGUCUACUUCAGAAUAUGUAGGGGAAAACGGCAAUAACGACCGUUACCGGUACCCGGAGCAAUCUGUCAAAUUCUCCGCCAGUCCACCAACGAUUGCGCCCUCUCAGCCUGGGGGGUAUACCGGUAGCGGGACCCAGGAAGACCCGUACGUCGUCGACUGGGACUUAGGGGACCCCGAGUCGCCGUAUAAUUGGACGAAAAAAAAGAAAUGGAUUAUUACUAUGCAGCUGGCGUUAUGUACUUUUACUGUUUCCUUCGGCAGUAGCUCGUAUAGCGGCGGUCUCACCUACAUCAUGGCCGAUCUAAAUGUCUCGCAAGAUGUUGCCGUCCUGGGGGUUUCCCUCUACGUUCUAGGCUUCGCGCUCGGCCCACUCAUAUUUGCUCCGUUGGGGGAGACGUUCGGUCGCCGGGCGGUAUUCUUGACGACUCUGUCCGCCUACACAGUAUUGCAUCUCGGCGGAGCACUGGGCAAGAACCUGCCGACUCUUCUAUCUUGCCGGCUGUUGUCUGGGACAGUUGGGGCUUCGCCAUUAACGAACUCAGGCGGUGUCAUAUCCGAUAUAUGGAAUGCUAGAGAACGUGGCGCGGCUACGGCAAUUUAUGCGACCGUCCCAUUUCUUGGUCCGAUCGUUGGCCCUAUCAUAGGUGGAUACGUCGCUCAAUCCCCCAGCCUCGGGUGGCGCUUCAACUUCUGGCUGAUGAUGAUGCUUUCUGCCGUUACCCUUAUUACUGGGUUUCUCCUCACCCCGGAGACAUACACGCCUGUCCUCUUGCGUUGGCGUGCCCAGAAGCUUAUGCAAGCAUCUGGGGGCACAGAACACUAUGUUUCAACUUAUGACAUCUCCCGGCCCAAAUCUCUCGGCCAGGCGGUCAGGCGAAACUUGAGCAGGCCUUUCAUCUUCCUGUUCACCGAGCCCAUAGUCGCGUGUCUCGCGAUAUACGUCGCGAUCGUGUACGGCACGCUCUAUGCUCUGUUCUCUGCCUUUCCAAUUAUUUUCCAGCGGCAUAGAGGGUUUAGCGCCGGGGAGGGCGGCCUUGCAUUUUUGGGGGUCGGGCUGGGUGUGGUGAUGGGCACGACGUCGACGAAUAUACAGAAUAGGUUCUAUUGGAGGGCGAUGGAUAAAAGCGACAAUGGCCGAGCCCCACCAGAAGCGCGAUUGCAUAUGUCUAUCAUCGGUGGGUUGCUUUGCCCCAUCGGACUAUUCUGGUUCGCGUGGACAUCACAGCCGCAUAUCCACUACCUUGUCUCCAUAUUUGCUGGCGUGCCCUUUGGUAUCGGGGUAGCCCAGAUAUUGCAGGGUCUUACGGCCUAUGUCAUGGAUGCUUAUGGGCUGUACUUUGCUAGCGCCAUUGCCGCGACCGUCGUCCUUCGAUCUAUCGGUGGCGCUAUCUUCCCGCUAUUCAGCACGUCGAUGUUCAACGCUCUGGGCGAUCAGUGGGCCAUGAGCGUGUUCGGGUUCAUGUCCGCGAUCUGCAUGCCCAUGCCCAUCAUCUUCUUCAAAUACGGCUGGUGGAUCCGCAGCAAGUCAAAGCUUGCCUAUCAUAAUCCAGAGCCGCGCAGCAAUUUCCCCUCAAGACCAGAAACGGUUACGAGCCACACAGAAAAGAAGGACGCAACUGUGAUCGAGGCCGUUGUGUGA